GUUUCUCCCUAGAUAUAUUCCGCGUAAUGUAUCCAACCCGAGCCGUGUGUGUUCACAACUGAGGAGAGACGGAUCGGAAAGCACUACGAUGGGAAAUAACGCGUUAGAGGAGGAACAAACGUCGCUGCCGUUGAUCGCAAAACAGCAAUAAAAUGCUGUCUUGGAAGAAGAAUAAGUUCGAUCUGAUUGAGGAAGACGCGCUGUCCAAGCAGAAGGGCUAUGCGGUGAGCCUCAACUACUCGGCGCUCACCUCCUUCGCCAAGUCCUGCCCCGAGAGCGCGCUCAACCGGGUGGGCAGCAUGUUCAAGUCCAAGAGGAAAAAGGUGAAGAUCACCAGCGAGGACCCCACGUACACCGUGCUCUACCUGGGCAACGCCACCACCAUCCAGUCCAAGGGGGACGGCUGCACGGACGUGGCCGUCAGCAAGAUCUGGGGCAAAAGCGAGAUGGGCAAGAACGGCACCAAGAUGCGGCUGACCGUCAGCUCCCAGGGCAUCCGGAUGGUGCACGUGGACGACAAGGCGAGGCGGCCGGGCCACCUGUACCUGCUGCACAGGGUGACCUACUGCGUCGCGGACCCGAGGCUGCCCAAGAUCUUCGCCUGGGUCUACAGGCACGAGAUGAAGCACAAGGCCGUGAUGCUGCGCUGCCACGCGGUGCUGGUGUCCAAGCCGGAGAAGGCGAAGGCCAUGGCGCUGCUGCUGUACCAGACCUCGGCCACGGCGCUGGCCGAGUUCAAAAGGCUGAAGCGCAGGGACGACGCGCGGCACCAGCAGCAGCGGCUCAUCGGCGAGCAAACCAUCCCGCUGGUGCCCAUCAGGAAGCUGCUGAACGGGCAGUGUUGCUACAAGCCCCCGGUGGAGCGCAGCCGGAGCGCGCCCAAGCUGGGCUCCAUCACGGAGGACCUGGUCGGGGAGGAGGAGGAGGAGAAGGCGAUGCACUUUGAAUACGAGGACAUUCUGGACACGGACGGGGAGCGCGUCGCCAACGGCAAGCAGGAGUGGUCUCAGAUCAUCAACGACCUGGGGGAGAUGAGCAUAGGCAACGACGUGCAGACGCUGAAGGCUGACCUCAGGGUCACCAGGCUUCUGUCUGGGGAGAGCACGGGGAGCGAGUCGUCCAUAGAGAACAGCCAGGAGCACGUGACACUGACCAACGGGUUUGGGGAAGUGAAGGUGCAGGAAAUUGCCUGAAUCGUUUUGAAACAUUUUGCCGGUGGCUCUGUUUUGUUGAGCCACUGGCGUGAGAAGAAAAACACGUACUGUGUCUUCAACCGUGUGUGUUGGGGAGUUGUUUUUCAAUUCUAUUUUAUUUUUUUAUCUGGUGCCUCCGAGAAGAAAUAAUAAGAGGAUCGGGUAAAAGAAAUGAAGGUUGCCGAGAAAAUGCCAUCGACAGGUUAUUAGGUUUCUCAAUUAUAUUUGAGGAAUGUUCAACGCAAAAAACAAGUGCAUGCCUGUUGGAAAGAUGAGAAAUCCCAGUGCGCCACAGGACACACUGCACUAAUUCCAGCUCCCUAAUUUAAGAGGAUUUACUGUGUCCUCAGACUUGUUUACCUGAAUAUUUUGUGUCUCAUUUUCCUGUUGAAAGUUGCUCACCGCGAUCACACGAAACAUUCCGUUUUAAAGCACGUUUUGUUCUUUUCCUCAGUGGUGCAGUGGGUCUAAACAGGCAUCCUUAAGUAAACUGUCUGGGCGCUUUUGCAACAGCCUGUUCUUUUACUUUAUUUUGCACUUGUGAAAUUAAUUUACAUAAUAUGUUGACUACAUGUACAUAAUGUCUGAUAUGUUGUCUGAAACAUAAAUGUCCUAUCUUUGCUGUGCAAAAGAAAAAACACCAUAUAUUAAGAUGUAAAGUAAGAUGUUUAAUUAAAAAUGUUAUUUUUAAAGAAAUGUGGUUUGUUAUGCGAACCCCAUUGAAUUACCAUGAAAAAAUAAAAUUAUAUGAAGUAGCUGAA